AUGUCUGUUCUCAAUGACUUCAAAGUCAAUCUUUUCCUUCUGAUUGGGAUCCCAGGACUGGAACAUGCCCACAUUUGGUUCUCCAUCCCCAUUUGCCUCAUGUACCUGGUUGCCAUCAUGGGCAACUGCACCAUUCUCUUUAUCAUAAAGACAGAGCCCUUGCUUCAUGAGCCCAUGUAUUAUUUCCUUACCAUGUUGGCUGUCUCUGACACGGGCCUGUCCCUCUCCUCUCUUCCUACCAUGUUGAGGAUCUUCUUGUUCAAUGUCAUGGGAAUUUCACCUGAUGCCUGCUUUGCUCAAGAAUUCUUCAUUCAUGGAUUCACUCUCAUGGAAUCCUCAGUACUUCUAAUUAUGCCUUUGGACCGCUUUCUUGCCAUUUACAAUCCCUUAAGAUACAGUUCUAUCCUCACUAGCAACAGGGUUGCUAAAAUGGGACUUAUUUUAGCCACUAGGAGCAUUCUCUUAGUGCUUCCAUUUCCCUUCACUCUAAGGAGACUAAAAUAUUGUCAAAAGAAUCUUCUGUCUCACUCAUACUGUCUUCAUCAGGAUACCAGGAAGCUGGCCUGCUCUGACAACAAGAACAAUGUCAUCUAUGGCUUUUUCGUUGCUCUCUGUACUAUGCUGGACUUGGCAUUGAUUGUUUUGUCUUAUGUGCUGAUCUUGAAGACUAUACUCAGCAUUGCAUCUUUGGCAGAGAGGCUUAAAGCCCUAAAUACCUGUGUCUUCCACAUCUAUGCUGUGCUCGCCUUCUAUGUGCCCAUCAUCACCCUGGCUGCCAUGCAUCGCUUUGCCAAACACAAAAGCCUUCUUGUUGUGAUCCUUAUUGCAGAUAUGUUCUUGUUGGUGCCGUCCCUUAUGAAUCCCAUUGUGUACUGUGUAAAGACUUGA